GAAAUCAACAUCAACAUCAUCUACAAUACACAUAGAGAAAUUACCCCAAAAAAUAAUAAUAACCGUUGGCAAUAACAAUAAAACAAACAGAUUCUCCUAAGCAGCAAAUUCCACUUGACGUGUGAACCAAUGAACGGUAUAAUAACAAUCGUUUUAAUUUGCUGCACACAAACAGUGAAUUGGUUACCGCCGUGCAAAUCAUUUCAUUUUCAAGGUCAUUAAAUUGUAAAAAUUUGACAAAAGGCACUUACCAAAUAACAUCUGCUGUUUAAGUCGAAGGUGGUGCCCGGGUGGCAUAAGUAAACUGUGUACACGAAGAAAUCUGCUUCCAUGAUCGGCAAAUAGUUGCUACUAAAAUAUUAGUCAAAAGCAACAUCUGUUCUCAAAACAUCUUUACUGUGUCUACUAUUUCGUUACAAUCCGCAAAUCAUCUUCCAAGUGGGCGAGACUUUAGCGUAAUGUAGACAAAAGCUGAGCAAGUGAAUUAGCAGUUAUCAUAAAAAUUAACGCAACGAAAUCGUAAAACUUGUACAGUGUUGAGCAGCGACAGAGCGGUUAAUAGCUUGUAUUAAAGGGCGCAAUUGGCGCCGGAGCGGAGUAUUAGUUCGACCUGCAGUGUGGUGUUUGUAGUGGUAACGGUGCGGUUUAUUCAUAGAAAAUAUAAUAUAUAAGCCAUAAAAGAUAGAUAUCAGAUUACCUAACUAUCACAUAGAUUAUUAUAUACGAGAACGGAUAAUGUUGUAAAAACCGGUAUUCAAAAAUUAAGUAUAAAUUGAAAAGUGCAAUAAUACGACAAAUCUUUUUAAAAGUACUCUACUUAUUAUACGAAUUACAAUUUGGAGUGAUAUCAGGAGAAAAGGGAUUACUAAAUUGUGCCAAUACAAAACAUAAAAUGGUUCCAGAACAUGUAAACAACUACUGGUACAAAAUUAUUUAAAUAAUUCUAAAUUUAUUUAGAAUAAAGUCCAAAGUGAAAACCUAAUGCCAAAUUCUAUUCUUAAAUCGUUUUUCUCCACUCAUGCAUAUAACAAUAUAAAGUUUGUAUUGAUGUAAUCUUCUCACCCACAAUUCUAGUCGUUGAUUAUAAGCAAUAUUUACACAUUACAGUUAUUUAUUAUUACAUUUAUAAAAUACUAAGAAGAUAAAGAAAAUGGAUUUUAAUCUAAAAAAGUAUCGGUACUCUACUAUCAAUUAAAUAAGAUGAUGAAAUAACUGAAAAUUGUACGAGAUUGCCAAUGUAAAGCGACUUUCAGGAUAUACUGCGAAAUGAUAAGCAUAUUGGCGUGUUGCGCGCAACUGUAGCAGUUUAAGAAACGCUGUGAUCUCUUAUACUUUGGUAAUUCCUAAACCUACAUAUGUACACUGUGUUGAAAGUUUUCAAUAAUAUAAUUAAAUAUUAUAAAUAAUAUAAGUGUGUUUGAUGAAAGAAAACUAAAUAAUUUCGAUACAAACCAAAGGAGAAGUAAUCAAAAUAUAGGAGUCUAUGUAGGACGAAGCAUAUGUAGUCUAUGAUAUUCAAAGAAUAAUUUCGUUGACAUUUGGAUCAUUGGACCAGGAAAAUAAAUUCAAGCCCCUAAUAAAGCUCGCAGAGUUUCACUCCAAAACGAAUCAAAAUUGUACGAGUAGAAAUUAAGACGACUUUAUCAAAAAUUCUACGACUUAUUUUUGGACCUUAAUUUACUAAACAUUGUUGGGUGACAUUAGGAUAAGCUCUACAAUUAGAAAAGUCAAGGCGAUAUUCAACUUGAAAAGCAGAAACGCAAAUCAUUUUUAUACCUCAAACACUUUAAGCUAAGAACGAAUUGUAUACUGUAUUUAUAUAGGUGUUCAGAUUUAAGUUAAAAUCUACAUUAGUGUAUAUAUACAAGUAUCCGUAUAAGUUGUAUAGCUGAAAACCAAGUAGCUUCAAGCACCUGUACAGCAACACGAAUCCCCCAAAAGCACUCGCCCCUUCCAGCAACCGGAUCCUCAUAGCUUCAUCAACAACAGUAAACGACGCCCCAAGGAACUUCACAUUCUGCAAUCCGCUACCCUCAGUCACGAUUAACACCGCCACCACGUUUACCACAGACACAAUAGAAUCCUUCAAUAUGACGAUGAGUACAAAUAAUUGCGAAAGUAUGGCGUCAUACUUUUCCAACUCCUAUAUGGGACCCGAAAUGCACCAUGGCCACUAUCCUGGAAAUGGUGUCACCGAUCUCGAUGCGCAACAAAUGCAUCACUAUAGUCAGCAUCCAAAUAAUCAGGGCAAUAUGCCCUAUCCACGCUUCCCGCCCUACGAUCGUAUGCCCUAUUAUAACGGUCAGAGUAUGGAGCACCAAGGCUACUCUCGUCCCGACAGUCCUUCCAGUCAGGUGGGUUUGUCACAGCAGCCGCAAGUAAAUGGUAGCCCACUGCUUCAGCAACAGCCACAACCCCAGCAACAAGUUACGCAACAACAGGCGCAACAAGUUACGCAGCAAGCACAGGCGACACCUCAGCAUCAGCAGCAUCCGCAAGUGACGCAACAGGUGACACAUCCAGCCCAACAACAACAGCAACCCGUAGUAUAUGCCAGUUGUAAGCUGCAAGCAGCGGUGGGCGGAUUAGGCAUGGUGCACGAAGGCGGCUCACCGCCCCUAGUCGAUCAAAUGGGCGCCCAUCACAUGAAUGCACAGAUGAGUUUGCCACACCACAUUGGACACCCACAAGCACAGUUGGGUUACAACGAUGUCGGAGUUCCAGAUGUUAAUGAGGUUCAUCAAAACCACCAUCAGAUGAGUAUGUAUGGCCAACAACAGACUGGCAUUCCACCCGUUGGCGGACCACCACAAACCAUGAUGCAUCAAGCUCAGGGACCACCACAAAUGCAUCAGGGCCAUCCUGGACAACAUACACCACCAUCACAAAAUCCAAAUUCGCAGUCAUCAGGGAUGCCAUCGCCAUUGUAUCCCUGGAUGCGCAGUCAAUUUGAACGGAAACGUGGUCGCCAAACUUAUACCCGUUACCAAACGUUAGAGCUGGAAAAAGAAUUUCAUUUUAAUCGUUACCUGACAAGGCGGCGACGAAUCGAGAUCGCUCAUGCGUUGUGUCUCACAGAGAGACAAAUAAAGAUCUGGUUCCAGAACCGACGAAUGAAAUGGAAAAAGGAGAAUAAAACAAAAGGGGAACCAGGAUCCGGAGGAGAAGGUGAUGAGAUCACACCACCCAACAGUCCGCAAUAAGACGCUGAUAACAAUGGACAAGAGUCGCGCUUAAUCCGUUACCACUGUGAGAUAUGGCAACACGCACAAAUUACUUAGCGUACUUUGUCUGUCCUUCAUAUUGCUAAGGGAUAUAUGUAUAUUCAAAAAGAACAAUUCAUGUACACUUAGUGUUAGUAAUUUAAAUAAAGCACAUUGUCCGGAGCUAACGAGAGAAAUCUAAUAUUAUUCGUUUGAUAUGUCGGACAAUUGGAUUACUAACUGCUACAACUUUGUAGUCAAAUGUUAAAAAAUUUUUCAUUUUCACACACAACUCACCCAAUAGUGAAACAUGUGGAAUCGAUUAUCGAAAAUUUGAUAUAAAUUGGAAUUAAAAUAGAAAAGCAUAUAAUAUACUAAAAUAAUGCUAUAUAUUAUUUAUGCAAAGCCGUAAACCUACUUAGUUAAUUCUUAAAGGACAUUUGUUAUUAUUUACUUAAACUUGUAUUAUGAUCAUUUGCAAUGUAUACAUUAACAUAGCAUAGUUCGUAGCCGACAUGCAAAAAGAGCGUAAGGUGUUAUUAGGUGGAGCAAUAAUUGCAUAAAUUAAUUAGCUAAAUGGGUAAAAUAUUUAGCAAUGAAGUAAUGUAUCUAAAUAAAUAAACUCAACAAAACCAACUCAUGUGACCUCAACUUUAAAUAAGUUAUUGAUUAAAAAUAAAGUAUAUACAAUUAAAAGUAAUAAUGAAACAAAUUAAUAAAAUGUAAAUGUA